AUGACGGAAACAAAGUCUGUUAUUAGUGAGUCUUCAUCGUCGGAACAUCCCCCUGGAUUAUCGGACGAUGCCGACGACCUUGACUUAUAUCAACGAUUGGAAAAAAUUGAACGUGAAAUUGUUGAAUUAACUUUUGAAAAUCGUGUAUUCGAAACAAAUUUAGAACGUAAAAAGUCUGAACCAGUACCGACAAGCAAUGCAUUAGGUGUUAGUGCAGCAGGCAGUUCUCUUACAUCCACACCAACCGGCUCUACGCAGGACGUAUCAGGUGGUGGUCGCGGUGAUCGUUUAGCUCGAAAACGCUCGAAAUCUCGUAGUACACAGGGAGAUUUUCGUGUUCAAUUAACAUUAGAACAAAAACUAGACAUUAUCGUAUCAGAAUAUGAACAAAUGAAAAAUGAUAAACAAAAGAAAGAAAUGUCGAAUGAAAAGAAACUUGAUCAGCUGGAAUCCGAUUUGGAAUGGAUUGAUGUUGAAGCGGUUGAUUUCGAAGCCGCCAUCACCGAAUUUUUGAAAUUAAAAGAAACAUCUAUUGAUAAACGAACGAAGAAAUAUAUUGGUGAAAAGAUUGAUCGCUAUUUUAAUGAACGAAAAAAAGCACGGGAAUCACUAAUUAACAAAUUAACAGAUAAAUCACAAGGACUCAAAAGACUCAUCAAACGAUUAGAAUCCCAAUUACGUCAAAAAGAAGAAAUGGGUGAAACGUUACAUGAAGUUGAUUUCAAUCAACUGAAAAUUGAAAACAAACAAUAUUUGGAUAAAAUUGACGAGAAGAAUUAUGAACUUAUUGUUCUUAAACGUCAGGUUGGUCAAGCUACACAACAAUUGAAUAGGUAUAAAGACGAAUUACAAACCGAAUUAAGUUUACAACUUGAUAUCCAUUCGAAAAUUGAUAAACAACAACAAUUGCUUGAACGUGUUGAUCAGGAAAUGAGUCAAGUAAAUCAAGAAUUAGCCAAAGCAGAUAAAUUGAAUCAAACACUCACUGAACAAACGCAAGAUUAUCAAGUACCAGAAGUACUCGAUUAUGUGAAAAAGAAAGCAUUACUCUAUAAUUUACAACGAGAUGUAUCUGUGUGGGAAAGAAAAUUAGAAAUUGCACAGAUGGCUCUUCAACAAUCCAAACAGCAAUGGCAAACUCUUCAACGAACAGCGCAAUUUCAAAAUCAACCGUCGCAAGCAGUUGGAGGAAGGCGAGAAGUGGAAGCCAGAUAAUCUAUUUUAACGUUUUAUUUAUCUCUCCCAUAAAUUCAUCACACUUUUUCGUUCUUUAAUUUUUAUGAUUUACAAGUAUGCUCUUUUAUACCAGAUGAGGCGGUCAAAACUUUUCUGACCUAUGAACACUAAAUAUUUUUCGAUUUGCAUGCAUUGAACAUUUGUUGUUUGUUGAUCGAUUAGCAAGAAGAAGUUGGUCUUUAUAAUAUGCUUCAGCGUUCUAACAUAGGUUACAAUCAUAUAAAAGCUGCAGUAAUAAUUUUAGCAAUCAUAUCUCCACGACGUUAACAUUCUGCUAUGUUCGAACAGAAUAUGUGACGUUGGGUAAUAAAACGGUUGUUAAUACACAACUUCAAUUUGAUGAUAACUUAUUAAUACUAAAUUAUUCUGUUUAUCUAUAUACAUUUACCAGAAAUGAAGAAAAAUCAGAAGAGCGAUGUAGGUAGGCAAUUUGCACAAAACUAUGCAUAAGCAAACUUGAAACAAGGGUACGUUAGACGUCAUUGAAAUUGAUAUGGAUUGUACCAUAUUUUACUUUAUAAUUCAAUUCUGUUUAGUUUUAUUAAGUACUAUAUCUGAUUUGAACCGACUACAAAGGCUGUAUAUCAGAUUAAAUUAGCAAAAAUCCAGUCUUUGCAUCUGUACUGAAUAAACAAUCGACGUUUCCUUA